CUUAGCAGCGGCUGCAGCAGCAAACUGUCAUCGUCAUGGCGGCGGUGCUCGCGGAGAAACCUGCGGAGCAAAAACAGGUCCAGGAAGCCCAGAUGAACGGCGAGACCGCGGAUCGAGAGGACGGCGACCCGGUGGAAGAGGCGGCCGCGAAGAAAAAGAAGAAAAAGAAAAAGAAGAACAAGUCAAGUGCAGCCGGUCCAGAGGGCGACAGUGUUGCUGAGGUGACGAAGGAGCUGGAGAAGCAAGUGAUGGAGGGGAAAGAGGAGGAGGAGGAAGGCGAGGAAGAUGCAGAUGAUGGCGAGAACUUGGCAGGGAAGAAGAAGAAAAAGAAAAAGAAGAAGAAAGCAUCCAAAGGUCAGACCGAUCCACCAUCUAUUCCCAUUUGCGAGCUGUAUCCUGGUGGAGCCUUCCCCAUCGGACAGGAGUGCGAAUACCCCCCCUCGCAGGACGGGCGCAGCGCGGCGUGGCGCAGCAGCAACGAAGAGAGGAGAGUGCUGGACAAAGCCAACGAGGAAGUAUGGAAUGACUUCAGGCAGGCGGCCGAGGCUCACAGGCAGGUCCGCCAGCACGUCAGAGGCUUCCUCAAACCUGGGAUGACCAUGAUUGAAAUAUGCGAGCGCCUGGAGGAUUGUUCCCGCAAGCUGAUCAAGGAGAACAAACUGCACGCCGGCCUGGCGUUCCCCACCGGCUGUUCGCUCAACCACUGCGCCGCCCACUACACUCCCAACGCCGGCGACCCCACCGUCCUGCAAUACGACGACGUGUGCAAGAUCGACUUCGGCACGCACAUCAACGGGCGAAUCAUUGACUGUGCCUUCACCGUCACCUUCAACCCAAAGUACGACAAGCUACUGGAAGCCGUCAGAGACGCCACCAACACUGGCAUCAAAAACGCCGGAAUCGAUGUGCGUCUGUGUGAUGUCGGGGAAGCCAUUCAGGAAGUGAUGGAGUCCUACGAGGUGGAGCUGGAUGGCAAAACGUACCAAGUCAAACCCAUCCGAAACCUCAACGGCCAUUCCAUCGGUCAGUACAGGAUACACGCCGGGAAGACGGUGCCCAUUGUCAAAGGAGGCGAAGCCACAAAAAUGGAGGAAGGCGAGGUGUACGCCAUCGAGACGUUUGGCAGCACAGGCAAAGGCGUGGUCCAUGACGACAUGGAGUGCUCGCACUACAUGAAGAACUUCGACGUGGGCCACGUGCCCAUCAGGCUGCCACGGGCGAAGCAUCUCCUGAACGUGAUCAACGAGAACUUUGGCACGCUAGCGUUCUGCCGCCGCUGGCUGGACCGCCUGGGCGAGAGCAAGUACCUGAUGGCCCUGAAGAACCUGUGCGACCUGGGCAUCCUGGACCCCUACCCGCCGCUGUGCGACACCAAGGGCUGCUACACCGCGCAGUUCGAGCACACCAUCCUGCUCAGGCCCACCUGCAAGGAGGUGGUCAGCCGCGGCGACGACUACUGAACGACUGCACGCAUCACCAACACCACCACCACCACCACCAACAGACGAAACGGCGAGGACAUGCUUUUUGACUUUUCUAUCACUUCUUCUCCUGGUUAAACAAGCAGGAAGGUUUCAGUUUGUCUCAUUUUCCCAAGAUGGAAAACUGUUAACUGCCUUCCGGCACGUCCAACUCGGAUCAAGUUACGUUCACCACUACGUUGGGUGGCUGCAUUCAGUACGUUUGGCUUCUGUCGCUAAGAGCAGGGAAUGAAUGCCUCGCUUCCCGUUUUCAACUGCCCGGAAUGUUUGUUUUUUUUUCUAAGGGAAAAUAAAUAAAUUGCUCAUCUAUG